CUGCAUUCAUGAUUCAGUAGUUCUCUUUCACUGAUGAUGCAAAUCUAGCUUACGACAAAAAUUUGAUACCAAUGAGCAAGUCAGUCUAAGUAGUCUUGUUAAUAUUACAACCGAGAGUGUGCACGUGAACAUAUUACGUCAACUCUCUUAUUAUAUAGCUGCUGAUGACUAUUGCAAAAAUUUCUUGGUUGGUAACUGGAACCCCGUGAUGGAUAUCAUUUGUAAUGGGAAGUACUAUUACAGCAAAUACUCUCAAAGGGUCGUCACUCUUUUGAAUCCCUAUCAUGCUACUAAGCCUGGUUCCCUGUCCUCUACUACUACACUAGCACAACUACAGCGCCAGGUAUAGUGUCUUCGAACUCACACAUACAUUUUUCAGGUUAAUAAUCUAAUCCUGUAAAUCUUAACUAGUUGUUUUUAUGGGUGUAUGGGCUCGUAGAACUACGACUGAUUACUGCAGAUUCUCUAGAACAUGGAAGCAGCUUGUAUUCUCAGUUCACACUCAAACUUCUUCCUUGGGAGGUUGGGGAAGUUCAGAGUUCUAUAUCCAGUAAAGGAUCUGCAGUAGACAAGGUUUCAUCUUUAGUUUGCAGCUCAUAGUAAGGUAUGCCUCGUAGAUUAGCAUGACGCAGAUUCAAGUAGAAAAAUCCACCGAUUGCAAGUCGAUUGCAAUCGAUGGCUGUUGGACUGAGAUGUAUGACUCCUGGUGUCUAAUGUAUAGUACGAAUUCAUGUAGAAGCGGAUUCGAUUGACUAAGGUAGGAGAUUAUCUUAUGAGAUCAAAAGUGAACAUCCAGCGCACAUUAUUCUUUCAGAUUUCCAUCCAGAUUCUUGGUCGAUUAGCGAGCAGAGUCUCGAUCGGCUUGUCUCCCCUUCAGAAAGGGACAAGUAUGUCGAAUUCGAAACAUAGAGGUAUAGUGAUUAUACAAAUGAGAUUGGGUCAUGGUGUCGAUGUCGCUGCGUCUCACACAAAAGCAUGUCUUCGGAAGCCACAGCUCUGGUCUGGCUUCAUUGACUGACUGAACCGGAUCACCGAGCAGAUCUCCGAGCCAAGUACUCAACCAAACAUCCCGAAGCAACAGCGAUGGCGAAGGCAACUUUGUCGAAUCGACUUCGACUGGAAUCCACGGCACGCAUCAUCAAACCGGCGACAGGUCGUCUGAAAAGCGCGUCGUGCCGGCGGACGAUUCUCUCUUGGGGAAGAACGGGGGAACGCGUUGCACAUCGUCGUCUCCUGACUCGAGCUCUCUGUACGAGUCUCGCCCAUCGUGACCACCGCCUCCGAUGUUGCUCUCCUGCUUCUCGAAUGGCCGGUCCUUGUCCUCCUUGCUCAUCCCCAUUUUGCACAGGAAGCAUCCCAUGAUCGAUGCCACAGGCUCUCCCCUUUCCAAACCUCGAACGAGCUCAGAUUUCUGCCCCUCUCUCUUUAUCUUCCGAAGACGACCGAUCGACGAGCCCGCUUGCGCUGGCGGUCGAUCGUCGUUAGAGGGAUCUGUCUUUGCAACAGAUCUCCGGCUCACCGAGCGCUAACAUAAUUCGAACGAAAGAUCGACUCCACUCGCGCUACCGAUUGUCGACUGUCCUUUGCAGAGGGAUCUGUCUCGAGAACAGAUCUCUAGCUCGCCGAGCACAAUCAUACUCUGAGCGAUUCGUCUGCCUCUCACUUGAAGGCUGCUCGCUCGCUCUACCUCCCUCCCUCAUGCAAUCAAGCUCUGCAAUCUUGCGGCGCGAUGGGAGAACAAGAUGUCAAUCAUGCUCAUUGUUUGGAUUCAGGUUGUCUCUGCUGCGGUAUCUAUAGCACGAAUUGCGUAGAGCUGCACAGACGACAAAAGGUCAAUAGCCGUGGAGGUUGUGCCUCGACUUCCACAGCGAAAUAUUCCUGUCCAGCUCCACCAACCGAUUUUGCACAUGUCAUCUCCAAUUCCAGAUCCAAUCCCUCCGCCACAUCAACACAGAGCCCCACCCCCACUCCACUACCCGAUCCGCUUUCUAUGCAUGCAGUGGGUGAGGGAGGGAUGGAGGAUCGAUCACUCGAGCUGAGAAGGCACAAAUCCUUCCUCCAUAAUCAAAAUGGAAGUAAAAAAUAUUCUUCGACAGCGAGCCAUCUCUGAAUGCGACAGGCAUUUUUCUGCUCUAACUCUAUUCGCACACAAUGUUCACAGAGCUGAAAUUCUGAGCUACCGACAUUCGAGAAGCGGAGAGAUUCAUGCUCCCCGUGAAUUGUCUCCUUCUUCUUCUGACCAUGCUGACCCCACACCGUCUGUUCGGUUCUGUACAGAAAAGCAGCGCAUCGUGUGGCAGGAUGACGUGCUUCGAGAUGGGCUGAAGCAAGGCCUGGAUCCAGCUUCUUCUGCAGGGCAGCAUGAGAAUAGCAAUAUCGGCACUGUGAAGCGGGUCAGACAAGCAACGCUGCACGCAUGCGCGUUUCAAUUUAGCAAGCUCCAAGUGUUUGCUUAAUUACAAAGGAUACUCAUUCAGAUCUGCUGAUGCAAGUCAAUUGCAACACACAAUAGUUGACGACAAGCAUGUCUGUCAGUGUAUGUCGUGAAAUAUUGUAUUCACUCAGCUUCUCCAUAUGUUUUAGUCGUUGACUAAGACAGGAGACUGUCUUUUCAUAGUUUGAUUUUCGGACCACAGAAUCAUUUGGCAACUUGAAGGAGCCACUGAUCAACAUUGAGAGAGCUGGCUUUCAACUGAAAGAAAGAAAGCCAUUGACUUUGUAUUUACUUUCUACUGACAUGAUGUUACAACUGCAAAGAAAGAUGG